AUGACAUCACUGGGUGAUAAAGGCUCUGUCCAGACACAGACCAAGGUCCUGUCACAGGGCUGCUGGACGCAGGUCAGCUGUCUCUGCUGUGUGUCUGAGCGGGUGGAGCCACUGGUCCUCAUCCAGCUGUCACACAACGUCCAGCCUGUCACCAAGAGGUGGCUCAUCUCCCUGAUUGAAGCUUCAAAGAGACACGGAGGUGAGAGGUCAGGUCAGAGGUCUGACUGUACUUCAGUCUGUGUUGCUUGUUUUGUUCCAGCCGAGUAAUAUUAACACAUCUGAUUCACCUGGGCUUGAUGACUAGUUUAUUAGUUGAGUCUCUAGUUUCAAAGUAGUGUAUCCACAUCCACUGACUGCUUUUAUCAUGUGGGUUAAGCCUGAUGAAACGUUGCACAAUACAACUGCGGGGGCAUUCAUCCAUGUAUCUUAGUUUAUUAGCUGAAUUAGGUGUGUCAAUAAGUACUGGGCUGAAACAUAAGCAUAUACUAAGAUCACUGCAGUAGAGGCAGGAGUAUUGUAGUUGACCCUCUCCACACCCGUCGCUAUGGGCGGGCCAUAGGGGGCCGGGCCCGCCCCCACUUGAGGGAAUGUAUUAUUAAAUAUACGUACUGUAGGCUAAUAAUAAUUGUGCCCUGCCCUCCCAUGCAUUUCAUAUGCCCCCCUUAAGACUGAGGUCUGGUGACGGGUCUGACCCUCUCUCCUCCUCCCUGGACUAGGAGCAUCGUUGCUGGCCCACCCUGGUGAGGAUGAGUGUGGGAAUGUGAUCGUGGUGUCUGCUCCUCGCUGCACCCUUCUCAGAGCCACAGAGGAUCUGGGUCUGUGUAAGAAAUACCGCAAUGAAGAGAUGGUUGCUUUCUCCUACCACGACAGAGACAACUUCACCAAUGUCGGUAAGAAUGUUGGUAAUGCUGGGGGAAGAGUAGAGGGAUAUUAACGGUAAUAGCCGUUACAAGUUGUAACAGAUCUUCAGCACCCAAUACACCUUCUGUAGGAAUAGAAUCAACAAAAUACACAUUGACUGUUGUAAUACUGUGGUAAUAUAGCCCAAAUGACAUAUUACAUGUAAUAUAUAUGACAGUCUUGAUUGACACCUGUCGUCUGUGUUACCAGAUGACAUGCAGGAGUUCCUGACAUUAGCGGAGCGUCAGUACAUAGUCAAGAUUGAGCUGGACUCUCUACAGGCCCAGAAGAAGCAGAGAAUCCCUGGAGUCCCAGAGGCUCCAGGGGUCCUGAAGGCCUGGGAGAACAUCUGUGAGUCUUUACGUGUGUGUGUCUGUGUGUCUGUGUGUCUGUGUGUGUGUGUGUGUGUGUGGGGGGGGGGGGGGUAUGUGAAUAAUGAUGUAAAUGGGGAUGUUGGGUGAUUCCUCAAAAAACUAGAACAAAUAACGACCAUGAUGUUGGGGAUUUUCACAAAAUGUUAUCCAUAGAAAGGUCCUUUGGAGAAAGUAUUGUUGACAUAUACACUACCGGUCAAAAGUUUUAGAACAUUCAUUUCAGAGUUUUUCUUUAUUUGUACUAUUUUCUACAUUGUAGAAUAAUAGUGAAGACAUCAAAACUAUGAAAUAACACAUAUGGAAUCAUGUAGUAACCAAAAAAGUGUUAAACAAAUCAAAAUAUAUUUUAUAUUUGAGAUUCUUCAAAUAGCCACCCUUUGCCUUGAUGACAGCUUUGCACACUCUUGGCAUUCUCUCAACCAGCUUCAUGAGGUAGUCACCUGGAAUGCAUUUCAAUUAACAGGUGCGCCUUCUUAAAAGUUAAUUUGUGGAAUUUCUUUCCUUCUUAAUGCGUUUGAGCCAAUCAGUUGUUUUGUGACAAGGUAGGGGUGGUAUACAGAAUAUAGCCCUAUUUGGUAAAAGACCAAGUCCAUAUUAGGGCAAGAACAGCUCAAAUAAGCAAAGAGAAACGACAGUCCAUCAUUACUUUAAGACAUGAAUGUCAGUCAAUACGGAACAUUUCUUCAAGUGCAGUCACAAAAACCAUCAAGCACUAUGAUGAAACUGGCUCUCAUGAGGACCGCCACAGGAAUGGAAGACCCAGAGUUACCUCUGCUGCAGAGGAUAAGUUCAUUAGAGUUACCAGCCUCAGAAAUUGCAGUCCAAAUAAAUGCUUCACAGAGUUCAAGUAACAGACACAUCUCAACAUCAACUGUUCAGAGGAGACUGUGUGAAGGAGAGUGAUGGAGUGCUGCAUCAGAUGACCUGGCCUCCACAAUCACCUGACCUCAACCCAAUUGAGAUGGUUUGGGAUGAGUCGGACGGCAUAGUGAAGGAAAAGCAGCCAACAAGUGCUCAGCAUAUGUGGGAACUCCUUCAAGACUGUUGGAAAAGCAUUCCAGGUUAAGCUGGUUGAGAGAAUGCCAAGAGUGUGCAAAGCUGUCAUCAAGGCAAAGGGUGACUAUUUGAAGAAUCUCAAAUAUAAAAUAUAUUUUGAUUUGUGUAACACUUUUUUGGUUGCUACAUGAUUCCAUAUGUGUUAUUUCAUAGUUGUGAUAGUUGUGAUGUCUUCACUAUUAUUCUACAAUGUAGAAAAUAGUAUAAAUAAAGAAAAACCCUUGAAUGAGUAGGUGUUCAAAAACGUUUGACCGGUAGUGUAUUCGAUAUUUGUAUCUUAAAACAUACUUGAGAAAUAAUUUGUUGAAGUUGGAAUAUUUGUGGCCUUACCCAGGCCUCCUUUACAGUGCCUUGCAAAAGUAUUCAUCCCCCUUGGCGUUUUUCCUAUUUUGUAAUUUAAAUGGAUUUUUAUUUGGAUUUCAUGUAAUGGACAUACACAAAAUAGUCUAAAUUGGUGGUGAAAUGAAAAAAAUUACUUGUUUCAAAUAAUUCUAAAAAAUAAAUAAUGGAAAAGUGGUGCGUGCAUAUGUAUUCACCCCCUUUGCUAUGAAGCCCCUAAAUAAGAUCUGGUGCAACCAAUUAUCUUCAGAAGUCAUAAUUAGUUAAAUAAAGUCCACCUGUGUGCAAUCUAAGUGUCACAUGAUCUGACACAUGAUCUCAGUAUAUAUACACCUGAAAGGCCCCAGAGUCUGCAACACCACUAAGCAAGGGGCACCACCAAGCAAGCGGCACCAUGAAGACCAAGGAGCUCUCCAAACAGGUCAGGGACAAAGUUGUGGAGAAGUACAGAUCAGGUUUGGGUUAUAAAAAAAUAUUAGAAACUUUGAACAUCCCAUGGAGCACCAUUAAAUCCAUUAUUAAAAAAUUUAAAGAAUAUGGCACCACAACAAACCUGCCAAGAGAGGGCCGCCCACCAAAACUCACGGACCAGGCAAGGAGGGCAUUAAUCAGAGAGGCAACAAAGAGACCAAAGAUAACUCUGAAGGAGCUGCAAAGCUCCACAGCGGAUUUUGAAGUAUCUGUCCAUAGGACCACUUUAAGCCGUACACUCCACAGAGCUGGGCUUUACGGAAGAGUGGCCAGAAUGAUGGAUGGUGCUAAAUACAGGGAAAUUAUUGAGGGAAAUCUGUUUCAGUCUUCCAGAGAAUUGAGACUGGGACGGAGGUUCACCUUCCAGCAGGACAAUGACCCUAAGCAUACUGCUAAAGCAACACUCGGGUGGUUUAAGGGGAAACAUUUAAAUGUCUUGGAAUGGCCUAGUCAAAGCCCAGACCUCAAUCCAAUUGAGAAUCUGUGGUAUGACUUAAAGAUUGCUGUACACCAGCAGAAUCCAUCCAACUUGAAGGAGCUGGAGCAGUUUUGCGUUGAAGAAUGGGCAAAAAUCCCAGUGGCUAGAUGUGCCAAGCUUAUAGAGACAUACCCCAAGAGACUUGCAACUGUAAUUGCUGCAAAAGGUGGCUCUAAAAAGUAUUGACUUUGGGGGGGGUGAAUAGUUAUGCACACUCAAGUGUUCAGUUUUUUUGUCUUAUUUCUUGUUUGUUUCACAAGAAAAAAUAUUUUGCAUCUUCAAAGUGGUAGGCAUGUUGUUUAAUUGAAAUGAUACAAACCCCCAAAAAAUCCAUUUUAAUUCCAGGUUGUAAGGCAACAAAAUAGGAAAAAUGCCAACGGGGGUGAAUACUUUCGCAAGCCACUGUAAGACUCCAUAAUGGUGUGCUACAAAGUGAUACAAGGUGAUACAAAUCAAAAGUUGGUGUCAUAUAAGGUUUACCCCUUUCUCUGUGAUAUGAGUAUUAUUUUGAUUUCAAUAACACAUUUCUUACAUUAAUUUAUGAAUAUUAAAAAAUAUAAACAUGAAUAUUGAAAGUAUACAAUUUGGCAAAUGUUUCAAUAUAUUGUAGAACAUAAUAUACUCUACAGGCAUAUCAAAGUUCCAGAGUGGGAUCUCUGCUAGUUUUAAACUUAUGUCCCAAUUUAUACAGAGACAUUAACAUGGCCUCCCGAAUGGCGCAGCGGUCUAAGGCACUGCAUCGCAGUGUUGAGGCGUCACUACAACCUGGGGUUCGAUCCCAGGCUGUGUCACAACCGGCCGUGUCCGGGAGUCCCAUAGGGCAUUGCAUAAUUGGUCCGGCGCCGUCCCGGCUAGGGGAGGGUUUGGCCGGGGGGGCUUUACUUGGCUCUUCACGCUAUUGCGAAUCCUUGUGGCGGGCCGGCCACCUGCAGGCUGACUUCGGUUGUCAGUUGAACUGUGUUUCUUCUGACACAUUGCUGCAACUGGCUUCCGGGUUAUUCGAGCAGGUGUUAAGCCUGUUUCGGAGGACGCAUGACUCGCCUCUCCAAAGCCCGUUGGGGAGUUGCAGCGAUGAGACAAGAUCGUAAUCAUGAAAUUGGGGAGAAAAAGGGGGUAGAAAUAUACAUUGACAUAAUAUUAGCAACGUAACCAAUCCCAGCCCUCCUUUUACUUGUAUCAUUGCACACCCUGCAAAUCACCAGCAGAGGGCAACCAUUUUGAAUCCAUUUUCACAUUCACUCUGUUGGUAAUGCAUACAAAUUGGAUCGUAACUCUAAAAGUAGCAGAGAUCCCAUUCUGGAACUUUAAUAUAUUAUUGAAAUCAAAAUACUCAUAUUACAGAGCAAGCGGUAAAGCUUCAGAUGGCACAAACUUUUGCUUUGUAGCACCUAGAGAUGAAACAUUAUGGAGUGUUAAAGUAGGCCUUGGUAAGGGGGUGGGAGGGGGCAGGGGCGUACUGUUUGUGCACGUGUGCCAUUCUGCUUACCUCAGCAUGUUCUGUCCUCUAUGUCAUGGUCUUGCUUAGCUAAGCUGUUCUGCAGCAGAGCAGAGCACCACCUCUGGCUGAUCAUUUCAGUGCUCUCUCCUGUCCUCUCUCACUGCUCUGUGAUCUGUAUUCUUCUGAGAAUUACAACGAACUGUCCCUUACGUAUGCUGGAUAGUGUUAACAAUGUAAUACAGCCGAGCUUCUGGAUAUGUUACCCCUUGUUACCUGUCUGUAUGUGUAAUAUUGUACAGAUCCCUGAUGUAGCCCAUCCCUCCUGUGUCUGUACUGUAGGUCAGAAGCUGGAGAGAGCAGGAGUGAUAAAGGACAUCUUCCCUCUACAUGACCAGCAGAGACUGAAUGAAGUCGGCAGAAGGUGGUCCUCUAAGAAGCAGAUAUGGAGACAGCCUCUCGGUAAACAACAACAUACAGUAAACACAAACACAAAAAGGUUACAUACACACACACUAGAGCUGAUAACGAUAAACUGAAAAUUACAGACACCGACAUUGCUUUACUCUUAUUUUGCUUACGUUGGUAAUUUUCUGUGAUUUCUCUACACAACGUUCUUGUAGAUUGUGCUAAAACCAUUAUUUGGUCAACAGUAAUAGCCUAUGCAUUAUGUUGAUUUAUGCUAUGAAAGUAUCUGCCUGUCCCUGUUUUGCUGUUGGCUGAUGACUCUCAUUCCCAUCUCCCACCGUGUGCACAGAGGGAGAGAUGCAUUCUGAGAAGCACAAGCAUAUGACCGUUGUUCAAAAUGCUAUUGUGAGAAAAAUAUUGUUUUCAAAGCAACUAGUGUUGUUCUAGUUACAGAGAGGAGAGUCACAGCUUUCUGUGAGUUUAGAAUGUAUUUCUAACCUCUUAAUAUUGAGUUCAUGGCACCACUUUACAACUGCAGUAGGCUGUAGUUAGUAUGGUUUUGAUGCGCCCCCGCUUAGCAGAGUCGAGUGGAGCGCGCCAUUUGCAGUGAAUAGGCCUGCAUCAAGUAGCCUAGGCCUGGUGCUGUAACAAUUUUGUAAAACAUUAGCCUACAUUGACUGAUAGAUUAAUCAAUUAGCCUACAUGGCUAUCUAAUAUCAUAUUUAGAGUUGUGUUUUGAUUUCCCACUUACUCAGGUGGUGAAUAAUACAGUCUUAGAAAAAAGGGUUCCGAAAGGGUUCUUUGGCUGUCCCCAUAGGAGAACCCUUUAUGGUUCCAGGUAGAAUCCUUUUUGGUUCUAGGUAGAACUCCAUGUAGAACACUCUGGGAAAAGUGUUCUUACAUGGAACCCAAUAGGGCUCUACCUGGAACCAAAAAGGGUUCUUCAAAGGGUUCUCCUAUGGGGACAGCAGAAUAACUGUUUUAAGUUCUAGAUAGUACCUUUUUUUCUAAGUGUGUAUAGGCUCUAGGCCAAUAUGCACAAAGAUGUCAGCAAAUUCUCUGAAGAGCCAAAAAUACAUCUGAUAAUUCAGGAUCCUAUUUUGACAGGUUGCACAUCAAAAUAUCAAUCAUGAAUUUCCUGGAUAUGUUAGAUGAAAUAGCUUACUUUAAUUAUCGGCUACCAUCUCAGUUGUCUUACUUGGCAUUGACAAAAAAAAAAUCCGGAGCCCUGCCGCUAAUGUAAAGUAACUGUCCAUUAUAUUUUGUUUUGUUUAUCGUUGUAUUUGUUGUUAUCGAGCAAAAUAGUUACAUUUAUCACAAUAUUACUUUUUGUCCAUAUCGCCCAGCUCUAGCAACUCCACAAACAUUUACUCCUUUGUCCUACUAAUGAUAUCUCUCUUCCUGUGCAGAUGCAAUACAAUCAUAUUUUGGAGGCACCGUGGCGUUUUACUUCAGCUUUCUGCAAUUCUACACCUGGGCCCUGGUGCCCCCUGCCUUCCUGGGCCUGGUCCUGACCUUUCUACUGCCUGCCGGUGGAUUGGGUAGUGGGGUUGUGAAGGAGCAGGCCGGGGAGUGGGUGAUGGAGGAGGAGGAAGAUUAUGGCCCCUCAGUCAGCGGUCACAUGGUACAGGCUGUAUUCAGCAUGCUGUGGUCCACGCUGUUCAUCGAGUUCUGGAAGCGCCGGAGCUCCUCCCUCUCCCACCGCUGGGGCACACGCCACCUGACUGAGCGCUUCGCCGAGCCCCGCCCUGGCUUCCACGGCACCCUGGGGAUCAACCCUGUGACAGGCCGUCUGGAGCCCCUAUUCCCGGAGUGGCAGAGGCAGCUGCGUGUGGGCCUGGUGUCGUUGCCCCUAGUAGGGCUGUUCCUGGGACUGGUGGUGCUGGGCAUGACAGGCUUCUACCACGGAGAGGCCCUGGUACAGGGCUUCCAUCAGGACAGCGGAUCCCUGUUCUCUGGAGCUCUGCUCUACCUGCCCUCUAUAGCCCACACAGUCUACACCAACAUAUUGAAGAAUGUGUACCACACUGUGGCCAUGCAACUCACCAAGUGGGGUGAGAAAGGGCACUGGGCAAUGGGGAGGGAGAUGGGUUAGAUAGGGAAGAGAUGAUAGAGAGGGGUUUAGAGAAGAGGGAGAGAGAAAAUAAGUUUGAGGUUGAUGAAUAAUUGCAGUAAGGGGUAGAAUGUUUGGAAAAACAGAGCUAAGUUCACCAAAGAGCAGAGUCAUAGAAUAACAGAGAAUGCAAUUGGAUGCAAAGUAUCACAGUUUGUGUGUUAUAAGUGAUAAGUCCACCGAAAAUCAGUCUGAUUUCCCCUCAUAGAAAACCACAGAGAGGAGUCCUCCUUCCAGAACCAUCAUACCACCAAAGUCCUCCUGGUCAGUCCCAGUCUUCCUCCCCCAUCUGUCAGUCUAUUCUCCUCUUCCUCCCCCUCCUCUGGUCGCCCAUUUCUCUCUAUUCUUACUGAAUAUAUACAGUGCAUACAGAAAGUAUUCAGACCCCUUCACUUUUUCCACAUUUUGUUACGUUACAGCCUUAUUCUUGAUAAAAUGAUAUUUUUACUCAUCAAUCUACACACAAUACCCCAUAAUGACAAAGCAAAAACAGGUUAAGAUUUUUUUUCAAAUGUAUUAAAAAUAAAAAAAGAGAAAUAUACCAUUUACAUAACUAUUCAGACCCUUUACUCAGUACUUUGUUGAAGCACCUUUGGCAGUGAUUACAGCCUCAAGUCUUCUUGGGUAUGACGCUACAAGCUUGGCACACCAAUAUUUGGGGAGUUUCUCCCAUUCUUCUCUGCAGAUCCUCUCAAGCUCUGUCAGUUUGGAUGGGGAGUGUCACUGCACAGCUAUUUUCAGGUCUCUCCAGAGAUGUUAGAUCGGAUUCAAGUUCGGGCUCUGGCUGGGCCACUCAAGGACAUUCAGAGACUUGUCCCGAAGCCACUCAUGCAUUGUCUUGGCUGUGAGCUUAGGAUAAUUUUCCUGUUGGAAGGUGAACCUUCACCCCAGUCUGAGGUCCUGAGCGCUUUGGAAUAGGUAUUCAUCAAGGAUCUCUCUGUACUUUGCUCCGUUCAUCUUUCCCUCGAUCCUGACUAGUCUCCCAGUCCCUGCCGCUGAAAAACAUCCCCACAGCAUGAUGCUGCCACCACCAUGCUUCACAGUAGGGAUGGUGCCAGGUUUCCUCCAGAUGUGAUUCUUAGCAUUCAGGCCAAAGAGUUGAAUCUUGGUUUCAUCAGACCAGAGAAUCUUGUUUCUCAUGGUCUGAGAGUCUUUAAGUGCCUUUUGGCAAACUCCAAGCGGGCUGUCAUGUGCUUUUUACUAAGGAGUGGCUUUCGUCUGGCCAUUCUACCAUAAAGGCCUGAUUAGUGGAGUACUGCAGAGAUGGUUGUCCUUCUGAAAGGUUCUCCCAUCUCCACAGAGGAACUCUGGAGCUCUAUCAGAGUGACCAUCGGGUUCUCGGUCACCUCUCUGACCGGGAUGCCAGCUCUAGGAAGAGUCUUGGUGGUUCCAAACUUCUUCCAUUUAAGAAUGAUGGAGGUCACUGUGUUCUUGGGGACCUUCAAUGCUGCAGAAAUGUUUUGGUACCCUUCCCCAGAUCUGUGCCACGACACAAUCCUGUCUCGGAGCUCUACAGACAAUUCCUUCGACCUCAUGGCUUGGUUUUCGCUCUGACAUGCACUGUCAACUGUGGGACCUUAUAUAGACAGGUGUGUGCCUUUCCUGUCACGAUCGUCAUACGAAGCAGACCAAGGCGCAGCGUGAUAUGCGUACAUCUCUUUAAUAGUGUACUAGCAACACGAUACAAAAUACAAAACAACAAAACGAAACGUGAAGUCCUUGGUCAUGAACACAAACCAACACGGAACAAGAUCCCACAAAACACAAGUGCACAACAGGCUGCCUAAGUAUGGUUCCCAAUCAGAGACAACAAGCAACAGCUGAUUCUCGUUGCCUCUGAUUGAGAACCACCCCGGCCAACCUAGAAAACACAUGAACUAGAAACUGAACAUAGAACACAAAACAUAGACCCUACACACCCUGGCUCAACAUAUAAGAGUCCCCAGAGCCAGGGCGUGACAUUUCCAAAUCAUUACAUUUUACAUUUUAGUCAUUAGUAUGCUGUUCAUGUCCAAUCAAUUGAAUUUACUACAGGUGGCCUCCAAUCAAGUUGUAGAAACAUCUCAAGGAUGAUCAAUAGAAACAGGAUGCACCUGAGCUCAAUUUCGAGUCUCAUAGCAAAGGGUCUGAAUACUUUUGUAAACAUUAGCAAAAAUGUCCAAAAACCAGUUUUCACAUUGUCAUUAUGGGGUAUUGUGUGUAGAUUGAUGAGGAUUUUUCUCAUAAGCCUAACAUUUCACGAAUACAUGGUGUUGCAAGGCUGCCAUGGUUUAGACUGCUGGCUGGCAGCAAUAAUGUAAUUACUUGUUUAGUAAUUAAAGUUGGAAAUUCAAACAUUGUAAAAUACAUUUUCGAUACAACAGCAUACUAAUCAGCAACCAAUUGAUUUAAAAAAAAACACAACUGUCCUGUAUAGGCUACCUGAACCUGCAUGACAUGAGCUGUCCUCGCGCUCUCUCCCAGCUUGGAUAGAAUGUUGUUGUGCAUAAAACUAGUCUAUUAAUGCCAAAUAAUACUGUCAGUCCAUCCUUAAAACACUAGCUUCCUUUGUAUUGUUUCAUUAUGCAGUGUAGCUUACUAUCUAUAGCUAUAUACAGUAUUUAGCUGCUAUUUAUACACUUUCUUAUAAAAAAUUAUACAUCAAAUAGCCUAACAAUUACGAAAAAAAUGUACUGUUGAACUUAGCAGGUUUUGUCUGGCUAUUAGCCUACACAAAUGGGCUGCAAUUAAAGUAAAUGUAAUUAAAAUCCAACUUCAGAGACUCCCUUGGUCUUCUAAUGUCCUAUUGAGAGAUUUUGCAUUAGCCUAUAUGUCCAUUGGACUGCACACAAUUUAAACUUAGUUUUGAAUGAUGCAUGCCAAGAUAUACCAAAGAUAAAGGACUGAUGAUAUUACAACCACACAUAUCAAACGUCGGUUCACCAGUAUGAAGAAAACCGCUUUUUUUGUUUGAGCCCUCAAGAGCUAUUGUCCGCUAAAGAUGAUAAUCUGUCUGCAUCUGCCAAUUUAUUGGCUGUCCAGUAUCCAGACGACCUAUACAGUUAAUCUCUUUCCGUAACUUGUUGAGGCCGGCAAUUAAGGAGAACGCAAGAGGCGCAAUUAAAGACGUUGCAGAACUGCUGUAGGUCUAUUUGAAUCACCACGUACUUCUGCCCAGUUUCCCUGAUGUUGCUACGGAAAUCAAGCUGUUUUUAACCAUCCCUGUAAUUGUCGCUUCUGCGGCGAGAUCGUUUUCACAACUAAAACUCAUAAAGAACUACUUAAAAAUAAGAAUUAGGCUCUCGGUCUGAUAUGUGCCUUUGAACACCUAAGUAUGCUCCUCUCAUUGCACUGGUUCCGGUGUAGCCUUGACCACAGAAUUUGUUCACCGAUAUCCCCUUACUUUCAAUCAGUUCAAUUGUUUAUUUUUCAAGGCCUGGGGAACUUUGGUCAGUCACAUUCUUGAAGCCCAAGAAACAAAUACUUACCUUCCUAAUACAUAUGGAAAUAAAAUAAGUUUAUGAAUGAUGUAAGGGUUGGUGUGAGGUGUGACCCAGGUGCGGUGCAGGAUAGACAGUAGGCAGUAGGCAGAGAUGGUGAAACAAUAAUCUUUACUGGUGGUCCCGAAGCCAGGACACAAAAACACUGAUUAGUCCUGCUGGGCAUAGAGAAACUAGCAGAGGAAACUGAGCAAGGGAACACAGGGAAGUGAGGGCAUAAAUACACAGGUGAACAGGUAGACACAGGUGACACCAAUAGGAUCAAGAUUAGUCCAGACUGUGAGUGAGGAGGUGCCUAAGGUUGUCGGAGGAGGACACCUAUUAGAUCGCUCUGGAACUGCGACCCCCUCCUGUAACUGCGACCCCCUCCUGUAACAUAAUUACUUUUUGGAGGGUUACUGUCAAAAUGAUUAAUGAAAUAAAACUAAAUAGACAUUGUAAUCGACAGGCACAUGGGCCCCCAGAGCUCAUUGGCUCUGCCUUGUGGGGGCUGCGGGGUGUCCAAUAUGCCAAUGUAGGUGUAGUACAGAUAGGCUAAUGUAUUGUGAUACAGGUAGGUGUAGUACAGAUAGGCUAAAUGUAUUGUGAUACAGGUAGGUGUAGUGAGUGUGCAGAUAGUAUCAGCUGUGUAUGUAUAAGCAGAUGUGGGAGGCACAUCAGAUACAGUAACACAGGAUCUGUAUUCAUGCCUCCAGAGAUAUUACUUGAAGCCAAAAUCUCCCUCUCUCAUUUUCAGUUCACUUUCUUCAACAACUUUGCUGUGCUCUUCCACAUUGCCUUCUACAAACAGGACCUACCACUGCUACGCAAGGUAAGAUAUUUCAUCUGGGCAGCACAGUUUGUCUGAGUGGCUAGAGGAAAUGUUAUACAAUGUGGAAAUACCUCAUGUUAAUAAAGGGUAGAUCUUGUGUUUGUGUGUGUGUGUGUGUGUGUGUGUGUGUGUGUUUGUGUUUGUGUGUAUACAGUAUGCAACACUUUAUGUUUGAUUUAUCGAUUUGUGCACACAGAAGCUUGCCUCUCUGCUAAUUUGGAACCAGCUGGUGAACCAGCUUACAGAGGUUGUGGUGCCAUUUAUAGUCGACCGCUUCCUCAGUGCUCCCCAUAAGAAAGAGCAGGAGGACAACCUAGAGGUGGACAAACUCAGAGCUCAGAGAAGCCUUCCACCCUUUCCAGUAAGUCCUUGUAAAAUGUGUUUGUCUGUUUUGUUUUUCUCUGUUUUGCUUCAUUGUGCUCGUCUGCCUUGGUUUCUUUGUAUCUGUGCCUUAGGGGGUAGAAUCAAGGUUGGGUGUAUUUGCAUGUCGUAUGUUAGGGGUCUCUUUGUUUUGGUGAUUAACUUAUUGCGUCUGUUGCUACGUUUCAGGGCCUGUUUGCGGAGUACAUUGAGUUGCUGCUGAAGUUUGGAUAUUUGAGUCUGUUCUCCUGUGUGUACCCGCUCACCGCCGUCCUCCUGCUCCUCAACAACAUCACAGAGAUCCCAGGGGAUGCCUACAAGAUUUGUAAACUGUUCCGGAAGCCAUUCUCUGCCCCUGUGUCCAACAUGGGGGUGUGGCAGGUUAGGAGGGUUUUGGGCGAGGGAAUGUGAGAAUUUGAACAAAAAGAGAGGGCAUUUUUACUGCAGACAGAAAGUAGCUAUGUAGCUAAAUCUGGUAAAUAAAUAGAUGUAAGCAGCAUGUAGUGGUCAAUGUAAUUUUCUAAUCAGUGCCCAUCUACGUCACUGUGUAAAUUUGCAUGUAUUUGCUUGUGUCCUUGUAUGUUCCUGUAACCAUAUUUAUGUAUGCCUGUGUAUGUUUCAGACAGCGUUUGAGGUUCUGGGCUUUGUCUCAGUCAUGUCUAACUGCUGGCUGCUGCUGCUGUCCCCUCGCGUCCAGAAGUUCUGUCUGGAGGGAGGGAUCAGCGGCAAGAACAUCAUACUCUUCGCCAUCCUGGUCGAGGUACAGUAUGAGGGGAGCCUUCCUGGUGGAGGUACAGUAUCUUGUUCAUAACAGUACAGUAUAUGGUUCAUAGCAGUUGUCUUAUUCACAGCAUGUUACGGUGUCAUCAUCUGCCCAACUGACAUAGGUGUAUGUGUGUUUGUUUGUCAGCAUGUCCUGAUCCUGGUCAAGAUGAUUCUAGCUUUUAUGAUACCAGCCGAGCCUGACUGGGUCAGAAUCAAGAGGGAACAGAUCGAGUUCCACUCUAUGCAAGCUCUAGGGCAGCAGGUAAGAAUGAUCUAAUCAAGAAUAAUCACUAAUAAUAUAGUUACUGGAACAAUCAGGCAUCUGACAAUCAAACAUCUCAUUUUGACUCUUACAGAAGCUAUGAAGGCUAUGGAGCCCCUGUGGGAGAGUCUGAGUGUCCUGUUGCCCUUCAAGUGUUGGUUUGGACUAGGGGGCUCAUUAGAAUCAGCUGCCAUGACGAGGGUAGAGAGGAGGAUAUAA